UCAGACUCUCCCACAAGAGUGACGACUAGCAGUAAUCGAGUUCCUGUGGUUCCACUGGCCCAGCACUAUGCUGGUAAGCUAUUUAAACAUAAAACUUUAACCCUUUGAUUCCUUUUUUGUGUGAGCCAUUUCUCCUUUUUACAUUUUAUCCCUAAAGUUAUAGCUUGUAUUGAUGACGUGUUCCUUCUCAAAACCUUUUAUCUUUGGCUUUUUGACAUAAUGCACAUGAUCAGUAAACAAAUCUGCUGACGAGACCCGUGAUUAUAUAUUCCUUGCAAGUUGUGAGAAUAUAAUUUGGAUUUCAUUUGAGAUAAUGUAUGUGGAGUAGUCCUCUCACCUUAAUCACUCUACUUCAGUGUUAAACCCUGUAUUCAACUCUUUUCCUUGCGCAACUGUCUCAGGGCUCGAAGUUAUCUUUUUAGUGCACUUGCAAAGUUUUGCUAGAAAGAUUUUUUUCGACUAGCAAACUGGUGAGACCACAAGCAAUUUAUUUCCCUUUGUUUGGGAGACAUGGAUAAUUCUAACUCGCAAUCGUUUGCUAGUGGAUAUUUUUCUUACUCGCAGAUUAUCAAAAUCACUCGCAUUUUGCGAGUUUGCGAGCGUUAAUUUCGAGCCCUGCUGUCUCUUACUGUGAUUUCCUCAUUUUUCUGAAAAAUGUGCCCAAUGAACAUGAGGUGCCCAACCUGAUUUUAAGGUAUCCAUUCCAGUCCCAACUAUUAUAAAUAGCCAACUGGUUUGUUUAUGUUAUUUUCAGACAUGAACAACCACUAUGCAGCCUCUGUUACUCCAGAAGGAGUUGCUGUUCCUCGCUUCAUUCUGUCAACUAGUCAGCAGCACCAGCUUGCAGAGUUCUUUCAUCUAAAGCAACAACAGGAAUUUCAGCAGCAAUUGUUGUAUCAGAACUUUCAGCAACAGCUGCAAGCACUACAACAACAACACCAGCAUGAAAUAAAGGUAUCAUAGAGUUGUGAUCAUUACCCUCAAGCCCCAAUAUCCACAUACAAAUUCUCCAAACUAUUUUCUAUACAUUUCCUUAAGGAAUUAGUGGGGAAAAUUUGAUGAAAGAUCAAUGCAUUUUUCUUUUGGUGAUAAUUUUAACCAGUUUUCAUUACCUUUGCUUUGAUUACGUACUGAUAUUGUUUGGAGAAAAUUGAUGAUGGCACUUAAAGGGUUGAAAUCUAAGCUGUUGAACAGUAAUUUCCUGUGGUACUCUUUUGUAUGUGACCUGAAUCUAAUACACUACUCACUGCUCUUUCAGCAGAAAGAGUUUGUGUGUGGCUAUUUUUCCUCUCUUUGGUCUUACGUUUUUUUAAAAAAAUGUGGUUAAAAUUAAGGGUGUGCAUUAUACACGGGUAAAUAUGGUAUUUUCCGCGUCUUCUAAAUUUCUGCUUGAGAAAUGAUACAGUAUAGAAAAAGAGACCUUAGACUCUGAGAAACUCAAACAGAGCCAGAGGGCUUGGAACCACAGUAAUAUUCAUGGGGACUAGAUUUUCAGUCACAGUGGAAAACUUGCUGCAUGGCUUCUGUUCUUCGGCGACUAGAUUUCACUUUGACUUUUGGAUAUAAAGGGGUGGGGGGGCAACCUACUCCAAUAAUUAAUUUGGACCCUUUGCUAAUAAUUUUUUUCUACAGUAGGUUUCUUUGGAAGUUGGCCACAGGUGAUGUACUGACGCCUACUUCAUCUUUGAUCCCCAAAAUAAUAUAGAAUUAACCAUUGUAUAGCCAUUGUAAGUGAGGCAUAACUGUUGAUUGGUUGUUUUCAGUACCACCUUGAUCAGCGGUCUGGAAUCUUGGAGCAACAGAAGAAACUUAUGCAAAAGAAGCAGCAAGAGGAACAGCAGCGUCAGCGAGAACAGCUGGAAAAAGCUCAAAAGGAAAGGGAAUAUCGCUAUCCAAAACCAAAAAUUAAGGUGAGCACCUUAGAAUAGAGAGCUUAACCCUUGUAGAAUCAGACAUUAUGUAGAAUCUAUGCAAAUGCUAUGUGAGAAAGCUAUGUAAAACCUCUGUUAAUGAGUCAUACAUUGCUUUAACCAGAUCCUAUGUUGUUUCUACAUGUAUGCCAGGACUAUUUUUUUUGUAUCAAAAAUGCUAUGUUUUCGCUAGUCAAACGAAACCUUCGUAAAGCUAUGCAGUUUUUAACAGUAGGGAUAGUCAACCUUAUAAAAAAUCAUAGAAAAUAAAUGACCUUCACAUAGGACUAAAAUAGACUUUACAUAGGAAGAUGGAACAGGGAACAGUUGAUUAAAUAGCUUUUGAAUAGGGUUUGCGUAGAAUUUAAUAGCCUAGGAAUAGAGAAAACAUAUCAUAAGCAUAUAGCCUUCACUUAAAGUUGACAUAUAUUUUGCAUAGCAUUAAAAUAGGGAAAACACAGAACAAAUAUAGUCUUUGCAUAGGUCUGAAAUAGGAUUUUAAUAGCUUUGGAGUAGGUAAAACAUAUCACACACACAGCCUUUAACUAGAGUUCAAAUAGAACUUACACAGAGUUGACAUAGUCUUGACAUACCCUAGUCUUUUAUGUAUGUAGGUUUCGAUUUGCUUAUAAAGCAAAUGUAGGUUUAAAAUACGCUCGUAAUAAUCACCAGAAUAGAAAAAAAAUACCAUAAACAUAACAUAGAAUGCCUUGAACAUUAGUAAGAAAUUGAUUUUGAAACAAAAAAUGAAAAACUAUGCAACACAAUUGCAAAUACAGUAUUUUCAUGCAGCAGUUUCAGAGAAUCAAAACCUCAAGUUAAAAUUUGCUUAAUAUUUGCUUAUUGUGUUGACUCUUGGCUGAUGUCGUGCUUGUCAUUGCCAUACGCUUUGCUUGUGACUGCAACAAUAAGUAUCUGCAAACAGAAAAGUGGAGAUUUUAAUGUGGCUAAAUGUAAUUUAGGCAAAGUUAACCUCGAAGCAAUGCUGGUCAGCAGUUUCCCCAGCUAUAGUAGGGGUGGCCUGAUGCCUGUAGCAGGGGCACCUCGUGACUUAUAUAUACAGUUGCUUGCUUGCAGUUCUUCGCAAAGUGUUGUUGCAAUUGCUUGCUGUUUGCGUGCCAGUUUCUGCUUUUAAGGCAAAUAAACAUAAAAACAACCUUAUUUAUUAUAACUGAAACAAAUGAGUGCUGAAGCAUGAUCGAAUGGUGAACGAUCCAACUUGUUCAGAUACACAAAAAGGGGAGAAAACACAAUCAAAUUGAAACAUUAAUUGAGAGAUACAUCACUUACCGAUGUCAGGAAUACUUAUUGUUAAACCUGGCAGGAAAAAGUCUUUAAAUUGAAGUAAAAGGAAGCGUCUUCUUUUAAACGCAUGCUUCACAGUUCGUCUUCUUCGACUUGAAAGUGCCCGCGCGUGGAAUCAGACAAUUUUCACACCUUUUCAUUGGUUGCAAAGGCCCAUGUGACGAUAAAACGCAAAAUACGCAUGUGUUGAACUCACAGGCUUCCCUGGGAACUAGUGGAAACAAAAUGGCGGACAAACACCGAUGACUGCAGCUAGUGCUGUGAGUCGUCCAAAAUCAAGACGAAGGAGAGAAGCUUUAAUGUAAAAGGAGAAAAGGAUGCAUGGAAGUAUCAUUUCAAGUGAAGAAACAUUAGGGAAAAGCUAGAAAGGAAAGUUAAGGCAGGAAUGAUGGAUGCAGAGAAUGCUUAACAAAAAAUUUAUAAUCCUCUCACUAAGAAACUAUCUGCAAGUGCAAAAAAAUUAUAGUAUAUCAUUUUUAAGCUGUCUAGUUUAAAAUGCUGCUUUUUACAUUCGAUGUAUGCUUUUUGUAAGUGCUAUUUAACCUGUACCAUCAACAUGCCUAGUAUUUUAAAUGCUAUGUUGGAAUAUCACAUAGGAAACACAUAGACUACAUUAUUUUUCAUAUGAGUGACAUAGGAAAAAAUAUGUUUAUGUAAAAGCUAUAUAGCCUUUAUGUCAUGAUAAAACUGAAUUAAAAUAUCACACAGUAAAAACAUAGGCUGCAAAUAUAUUUCAUUCACAGAGCAUAGAAUAUACAUAGCACUAUGUAAAAGCUAAGGAUAUAAUGUUGGAAAUAAAAGGGAGCAUCGAGAUGCUAUGUAAAAGCUAUUUUGCUUUGUUGCUUAGUGAAUACAUAGGAUGCAAAUUGGAAGGAAAAGCAGAACUUUCUAUUGCAUAGUAAAUACUGUACAUAGCUAUGUCAAGACUAUGAAAAGAUUUUGAAUAGUAUUUGCAUAGGUAUUAAAAAGGUGUGUACUUUUCAAAUAGCCUAAGCAUAGUUUCAUUAUAGAUUUUUCAUACUUUGGACUAUGUUAUGUGGUAUGUUGCAUAGUUAAUACAUAGGUAGUAGUGAACAUAACAUAGCCGAAACAUAGUCUAACAUAGUAAGUCAAUAGCAUGAGCAUAGGCUUUGCAUAUGUCUGGUUCUGCAAGGGAGUAAAUGAUUAUGGUGAUAGUUGCGAAAACAUUACCUAAGAAUUGAAUUGGAAGGAAAAGCAGAACUUUCUUUUGCAUAGUAAAUACAUAGCUAUGUCAAGACUAUGAAAAGAUUUUGAAUAGUAUUUGCAUAGGUAUUAAAAAGGUAUGUACUUUUCAAAUAGCCUAAACAUAGUUUCAUUAGGAAUUCUGAUCUCUUACUGAUAAUAUCCCAUGGUAUGUUGCAUAGUUAAUACAUAGGCAGUAGUGAACAUAACAUAGCCGAAACAUAGUCCAACAUAGUAAGUCAAUAGCAUGAGCAUAGGUUUUGCAUAUGUCUGGUUCUGCAAGCGAAGAAACGACUAUGGUGAUAGUUGCGAAAACGUCACCUAAGAAUUGAUUUUGUGCUGUUUCUAACCAGGGCUGUUAAAACGUUUUUACUUAGCUGGCUGAUAAUGAAUAGUAUUCGGCUUUGGAACUCACACCAAAGGCACAAGCUUUUUGAGGGCUGAGGCAUCUAGGGACAUUUUGAAAAUUAGAGUCUUGGAAAUGGUGUUUCCAGGGAUUUCCAAGAGGUAUUUUCCAUUGCGGACACCAUGUUGUUUCAUCAGAAUACACGCAAGACUGAGAACAAUGCUGUCGAAAUGUCCCAGGUGUUCCAUGACGUCGCACAGUUCGAUUCACGGAUCUAAACCUGUCAUUCAAAACUGGGAAACGGAUGCUUUACAAUUUUAUUCGAUGGCACUUAUUUUUUGUUAGCAGUUAUGGUAGAAGGAGAUGAAAGUGCGUAGCUGGCUAAGGAUGGCCAACUAGCCGGUGGUUUUGGCCGGCUACCGGCACUUAUUGACAGCCCUGUUUCUAACUUCUUUGUGCUAAUUCCAUCUCGUUCAUCAUGAGCGCAAAAAAGGUGGUAGCUGUUUAGUGAUCGUCAAAUGUUGGCAAAUUUUUUUGGAGUUGAAAUCUAGGUUCACGUCCACCAAAAAGACAUUAAAUUAGGAAGUUUCGCAAUUGUAGUCAUUUAAUGAUGGUAAAGAAAUAUACAAAAAAGCAUGAUCAUGUGCAGAGUUGUUUUGCUCAUCUAAACCUAUUGCCUUUUGCCAUUUGCAUUGCCAUUGCUGCUGUUGUUGCUUGAGCUCCCUAAUUAUAGAGGCAUAAUAGUGAAUAUUUUAACAGGAUAAAAUCUGUGUAUAAAAACACUGUUGUCAAUGGGGUCCUCUAAAAAAAACAAACAAACAAACAAAUAACAUAAACAACUAAAAGAUAAAAAAAGAUAAAAAUAGAAAGCUAUGCCCAUGGGCUAAAAUGCUAAAAGACUAUGACUAUAAAAUGAAAUGCUAAAAGCCUAUAACUAUUUUAUAGUUAAAAUGAUGAGCAUUUCAUAGAUUAACUAAAAUGUGCUUUACCCCAAACUGAUCUCCAUACAUUUCCUUAAAAAAUGUGUUGCAAGAAUUUGAGAAAUGACCAAGGCAUUUUCUCUUUGGUGAUCAUUUUAUUACUCCUCAUAACCUAAUCUCUUGACAGUGUAUGGAUAUUGUUAGGAGAAAAUUGAUUUUGGUCACUCUCGGAACUUAAAGGGUUAAGUGCUUUCUUAAAUAAAAUUCUUGGAGUUAAGGAUUGAAGUCCAAUUGGGAGUUCAUUAAAAAGCUUGGCCCGUUGAUAGUAUAACUUUUUUCCCAAAUUGGAGGCGGACUGUAGGCAAUUUGCUGAAAAACCAUUGUUUCUUGUAGACUUAGAAUGAUCCGUUCUAUCGAAAUACAUUUUAAAGGGUGGAAGGCUUUGGAGUGUAGAGCUUAAACUGGGCAGUAUGAUUACUUUUUCUCUUGCAUAACUGACAGCUGUAACAUUGUGUUAUUGUAUCUACUAGGUGGAGCCAGAAGAACCUAGUGAGAGAGGACAAGGCUGCUCAGCAAUGGAACAGGACGAUGGGCCUUCAGAAAAGCAAACUAACAUAAAACAAGAAGUAGCACAAUCUCCAUCUCAUCCAUCUUCCAAUCAAACACAUUAUCCAGCACCUUCAUCACAGGACAGCCAUCAUUCACAACAACAACAGCACUCAGCACCACCACCCCAGCAAUCCCAAGCAUCUCAACAACCCCCACCUGAAAGUAAGUUUCUGUUAAAACCUGUUGGGACAGGGUGCAAAGAAAGUCAGUUUUAUAGCUUGCCAUUCGAGCAAGGCUGUAGCUAGUAUGUACUACCCCAAAAGUCAUUUCAACUAGCUUGAAAAAAAGUUUUUUGAUAAGCAGGAUUCAUUGAAUUCCCCAAAUCAGGCAAGUUAAGAACAGAAUUCAUCAGCCCAAUAGCUAAAUCCUCUAGCCCUGGGCUACUGGACACUAUACUUUCUUUGCACGCUGUCUCUGUUAAGUGAUUUGAAGACCUGAUUUUGUCAACAGUGGUAUGGACAGACUCCAGAGUUCACGCACACAGCCCCACAAAAACUAGUAGCUUCUACUAUCAAAAUGGCUAAAGGACAUAAACUAAACAUCGACAACUUGAAUAAGCAACCUUAGUUUAUAUUAUUUUGUUGGCCUGUUUUUCAGUAUCAUCAAAGGAGGUGAAAAAGCUUCUUCAUGACUUUGUGAUUAGCAAAAAGCAAAGGGACCUUGCAUUAGCAUCCCUGCCUUCACAAGCAUUCAAACAUUGGUAAGUCAAGUAAUUUAUAGUCUAUUUAUGACUUUUAUAGAAGCUGGUACUUAGUAAAGUAAAGUAAAGAAAACUAAAUACUUAAUUAUCUUCUCCCCUUAUGGGGCUUUUCAGGGAUCAAACCAAUAGUUCAAAUUGAACAUAAUAUGGUUAAGAAUCCCAACUGGUAGGAGUUGAACCAGUUGGCUAUUUCCAAGCUUGGCAGAGGAUUCGAGCUUGGGACUACCCAGAACAAAUCCAGAUAAAAGUUAGGGUGGGACUUGAACUCAGCACCCCCGGAUUACAAGUCUAGCGUUGUAAUGGCUCGGCCACUCUGCCUCCACAAAGAAGAGAUAGACACGUUUGAUUGUUCUGUUAACGUUCUCACAGUAGCCACUCAUCUAGGCAGCCAUCUUAGCCUUAAGACUGCAGCUGAACCCCCACAAAUGGAUGUGUCUUAUAGGCAGACACCUUAUUUAAAUGUCCACAUUUUAAUUGUGGUCCCAGCUAUGUACAAAAUUAAACUGUGUAACACAUACAGCAUUUUAUACCUUCCUUAAAUGGACACCUCUCCUAAGUGGAUGAUCUUUUGGCUUCAAGGUUUCCUUUGACUUUUUAGAGGUUCAACAACCAUAUUUCCUUAAAUAAGCACCCACGCUCUAAUAAGCACCCACCCUCUGGGGCAUAAUAUCAAGCAAGCACCCCCUCCCCUCCUCAUCACUUUCUUAAAGGGGAAUGAGAUGAUCUGUAUAUCAUUGACAAGGAUGACCUUGAGGAAGAUGAAGUAAUAAAUUGAUAUUUUAAAAACAUGCAUGCCAACACAUUAUGUGUUAAUGCAUGUAAUGAAACUAUAGUCAGUGUAGUCUGUCGUUACACUGUCAUGCAUUUUGUCUUUUGUCACAUGGGAUUGUGUAAGUACAGGAAAUUAUUGCAUUUUUAGGAGUCAGCAGUAUGAACGUGACUCAGAUGGGAUAGCUCCUCUUGGAGAGGGGUACAAUGAAAUUGAUAACUUUUCCCUUCGAAAAGCAGGUGAGAAAGUAAUUUUUCAUUUACAAGACCAAACACUGUAUUAUUUGGGGUCGUUGAAGUUUGUUGGAAAGCAGGUUAUUCAGGAUAAUAAAUAAUAGACUGUAUUAAUAAGCCACGACUAUAAAAUAUCAUUUGAACUGAUCCGGGUUGGUUUAUUCAUGUGUUGGAAGUUCAGAUUUGUUUUUGAUCCUUGGCUGCAUGAACUCCAGCUUCUUGUACUUGAGCUUUUCCACUUUGCAUUCCAGUGCUUUAUGGAGAACUGAUACCACCAUCUUCGCUAAGUUUGAUAAGCCCCCCUUUCAAAGAGAGGUUUGGAAGUUCAGAUUUGUUUUUGAUCCUUGGCUGCAUGAACUACCGCUUCUUGUACUUGAGCUUUUCCACUUUGCAUUCCAGUUCUUUAUGGAGAACUGAUACCACCAUCUUCACUAAGUUUGAUAAGCCCCCCCUCUCAAAUAAGUCCCCCUUUCAAAAAGAGGUUUGCCUUUGGCUACCAACACUUAAGCGUUGCCCAAUUCAUAAGUUUAUUGUUCAUGACAUUAAGAUAAAUGAUCAGUGUACUUUCUCGCUGGUAAUCAACUGUCACUUAAAUAUUCUCUUUCUAGCCUCUGAACCUAAUCUCAAGGUGAAGUCAAGGUUAAAAGCUAAAAUAAGAAACUAUGGAAGCCCUCUGCUAUACAGAAGGCGAGAUCGCCAUAAUGGAAGCAGGAUGCAAAGAAGCUUUACUUGUAAGUGUAUGGAGACAUUUUGUCUAAAUACAGUGAAACCCCUAUUAAGCGGACCCCCAAUUAAGCGGACACCCUCUAUUAAGUGGACACUAAGCUGGGUCCCGAAAUGAAAGUCUGAUAUUUCCCUUUAUAAUGAACUCCUAUUCAGUGGACACCUCUAUUAAGCGGACGCGGACACUAAAAUGAGUUGUAUUUGGCUAAUUUCUAUUGUUAAAAACCUCUAUUAACUGGACAUCGGACUGAUUUGACAAUAGUAGUAUUGGAUUACGUCCUUGAAAUACAUACUGAAGUCAGUUAACGUAGGUGUCUGUUUAAUAGAGGUUUCACUGUAUGCUGUUAUUUACACAACAAUUUUUAUUAACGUUACAAAAGCUACACUAAAAUAAUGAAAAGUACAAAUAUCUCAACUGGACCAAAAUGCAAAAAAAGGUGAUGUAGAAGUGUUAGUAAUUCCCAUGAAUAUAGACUGUUACACGUAAUAACUUUUCCAGUAUAUAAAGACAAGUAGAAUUCUGUUUUAACUAAUUAAUCCAUUCUGAACCGGUCAGUUAAGGUCCUUUCUACUCUUUGUGACGUCAUCAGUUUUAACAAACAAAUUUCUUCGCUAAAGAGUGAACAGAUCUUUCAAACCAUACCAGAAUGAGCACAAUUCAGUCAAGGACACUUGAGAAACAAGCAAAAACCACGUGACAAGGACCUGAAAAUCUCCAUGAAAAUCUUGUUCCAUUACCCACCUACCUUUCAUUUCACCUAAUCCUAAGAUCCUAAAAGCUUUCCUAAAAACUCUUCCCACCAAAAUGAAGCCUACUAAAUGCCCAGCAAGAGAAAAAAAAUGAGGCAAGAAAAGCGAAAAAAAGAAUGGAGGAGAGAAAGCAAAAAAGUAAAAGUCAAGACUGCUGUGUCACUUUUAAACCCAAAUUUUGCUUUCUGCGUUGCGAACUUCCAAGUUUUUUUGCAUCUGGAUCAGAAGGUUACACCUGUAAACCGGUUUGUUUUUUAGUUUUAUAAACAGUGACCAGAAAACAAAUCGACUGUUCUAAACGCUUUUUGGCAAAAUUCCAAGAAAAGAGUGGAGUUUUUGGAAAUGAUCCCUUCAACUGAUCUUAUCCUUAAACUCAUCAAAAGAUGAUUUAUUUGGUACUGACUUUUUUUGUGUACAAGUAAUGUUUAAAGCAAACAAAACAGUAAACUUAAGUUUUUUGACAAUCUCCAAUGGGUUUAGAUUCUUCCCAUCAAGUUCAUGGACUAUGGAGACAUAAUGGUCCACGUUGUUGUUCAAAAUGAUUUCAGGUUAAAUUGGUUUCAACCAAGACAGUGAAAUUGUCAAAAUUUCCUAAUAAUAUUGUCAUCCUGCAUUUUUAAUGCGUGCGGGGGAAUGGUGAAAUGGGGAAUGGUGAAACUGGAGUGUGGUAACUUGUUAUAGUUGCAGACUCCCACUGUAACAAGACUGACCAGUAGGAAUUUUUUUACCUUGCAGUGGAAAAUGCCGGAGGAGAAAUGGAGUGUUCAAGUCCCGGCUCUCCAAACCAGUCAACUUCAGCCUCCCCACACAGAGAGGUCAGUCCAUAGUGCAUGCCAUGGCACCACAUGCAAAUUAAGGGGCUGGUUGAGGGGACAGCGGUCUGCCAUUUUUUGUGAAAUAUUGUACCAUUUUUAAAGAAUUCUCAGUAAAAAUAAAUAGUUUCUAGUCGCUGGCAAGUGUCCUGGCCACCCCUUUCUGAAUUUUCUGGAUCCUAAAAUUCCAAGGGCUGGGAUGAAUAAAUCUCUUAACCCUAGCUUUAAAACACAAGUUCUCCUUUCUUGUCCUGUACAUUUCUUGUAUAAAAGGCUGGGAAAAAUCCGUGUUUCUAGGGAUCUCCACUGUAUUGAAUAGAAGGUUAAAUGUAAAAUUUCCAUUUUUUCCAUGAAAUCUUGUUCAGUUUGUUAUAAAAGCAUGUAUUCUUAGAACUUAAUACUGUGUUUCCACAGGGUUCAUCACCUCUUAGCACAGGUCCAGGAUCAGGGCUUGGCCACAGUCUUCCCAAUCUUCAGGCAAUUCCACGUUACCCUUCAGGACUGGAUCACCCCCGUGGAUGGCUGUCCAGCCAGCUUGCACGUCAACCACGUGUUCUAAGCCACAGCAGUGGCUUAUCAGGGAAGGAUGUGACACACAUGGAGAUUCAAAGCCCGUAUUCUAGUCAAACUAUUUCAGAUGGAAUUGAGGAAGAGGAAGAGAGUGAUCUUGCGGCGGCUGCACUGCAUCAAGCGCGGUGGAAGCAGCUAGCUCUGGCCCAGGCUCAGGCACAAAUGAUGGCUAUGAACUACGAUGCAGCACAGCAUCUAAAAAUGAAUUCUGUAGUACGGCAAACUCUGACUCCACCAGAGACAUUACCUCCAGAAGGAUCCAACAAUUUGUUAUCACCCCGAAGUGCAGAGAUGUCUGGAGCUUCGGUGUCAUCACAACUAGGAGGGCAACUCAAGGUACAUCCAAAACUUAGACAGACAUUAUCAGCACCAGGACUGACUCUAUCAAAUGGUGUGGCCAUAAAUCAGUCACCUCAAUCCCAAGAACUUUUGCAGCAGCAACAUUUACAGUUUCUAAAACAGCAACGUCAGUACCAGCAAAACCCAGCGAGAUUCAUGCAGCAGCUCCAGCAGGAGCUUCUGAUGCAGCAGAUAGGAGCAAAAAACCUGCAAGUGAACUUGCAAAAACUGCAGGAAAUGCAACAGCAGCAGUUGCACAAGGAAUCGCAAGCAGCACUGAAGGAACACUUAGAGCAACAAAUGCAACAGAAGGAGCAACUUGCGUGGAAAGAGCAUCUUCUUCAAAUGCAACAUCAAAAACAGCAAAAACUUCAGCAGGCACAGCAACAACAGCAACAGCUUCAGCACCUUCAACUUUCUCAGCAACGACUCAUCCGUGUAAGUAAAUGAGAAGAUCAAUACUGCAUGAUAAACGCCUUCCAAAAUAAUGUUGCUGUUGCAUUGUAGCCAAGAAGAAAAUGGCUCUGUCUGUUUAGUAUAAAUUUUUGCGAUACUCCAUUUUGGAAUUUACACCAGAUAGUGUGCUUGGAAAGGAUUAACUGUUAUUUACCUUUCACCCCGGAGGGAUUGUUUCUCAGCAAUACAAACAUUAGAAGACGAUUCAAAGAGAAAAUAAUGGAAAAGCGAUUGUUAUUUUGCUGCAAAAACAGCCAAAAUGUAAAAGGCAUCUCAUGUCACCUUCAUUACUUCAAAAAAUAGAUUUUUGCUGUCAGAAUUCUCUCCUCCUCUUCUGUCCAUUGUCAAUGCUUUUAGAGAAGAAUGUCACCAGUUUUUCGGGCCAUGUCACCUGUCGCUUCCACCCCUUGGAGGGACUCAUGAUAGUACCUUUUCUUGCUGAGGGAAUCAUAGUUUUUGCAGAAAAUGAAAACAUGGGCUUUCUAGGGUCAACAAGUUUAGGAUUUUAGGGCUUGCCACAGUUCUGCUUAGAGCGCAGCCUUGCUGAAAUUUACCAGAAGUGUUUCAUUCACAGACACAAAGUCACGAAGAUCUUCCCUCGCCACAGUCUACCCAAGAACAACAAAUGCAAGAAUUGCAACUUAUUCGUCAAUUACAGCAGCAUGAUUCUCAACAUGGUAGUUCCCUACAACCAGGCAAUCAAAAUGCCUUGCACCUUCGUCAAGCUGAUUUAGCAGCAGCCUCUUCUGCGGGAUCUGUCUCCCCAGGGGCAUCUGUUGGUCACAGACCAUUGUCCAGAGCACACUCUUCCCCUGUUGUCGGUAAGUAGAUCCAGGGGAGGGGCAGGUGGGCAGUGGAUCAUUGUAUGUUUCCGGGAAGCUGCCCACCUACCCCUCCCUCCCAUGAGCCAGCAUUAACACUUACUUUUCACUUGUCUCUAGGGCAAAUAUUGACCCAGGGGAGGGGUAGGUAGGCAGUUUCCCAGAAACGUAUAUCGAUCAGCAGAUGUUCACAUUUCUUCACAUAUGAAUUGGGCAUAGUGCAUCUAAUUUUCCACAAUAUUAUUGCAGAGGGCGUUUUGUAAAAGUAUUAUACAAUAAAGUUUCAUAAUGAAAUAAAAUAAUUAUAUGAAAUGUUAUAUUAUAAUAAUGUUCCAUUUGCCCUCGAUAGAUAUGAGAUUAGUGAAAACCAAUCCCUAGCUAAUGCAGGCUCAUUGUUAAAAUACAAUUACAGUGUAUUGUGUGGCACAUUUUGGUUAUCUUACAAUGUGCUUGGAUACAAGAGAAAGCUUGUUUUAUGGGCCAAAUGAAUCAAUAAGUCAUAAGUCAAGUUAUUGAGCACUGAAAAUAGCGAUUAGGGUAAAUCAGUGACUCAAAUCAUGAGCAUUUAUUUUGAUCAUAGUUAUUAGAGGAGACUGGUUAUGAAAAGCGGCAAACAUCAAUGAUAAAAACAACAGUGCUGCAGUUUAUGUUCAAAGCACCGUGAAAGUGCACAAUCCUUUGUUUUCUGUUGGCAAAUUGUUACGGAAUAAAUUAAUGCAACGUUUUUAUUGGUCAAUACAAUCAAAAUGAUAGGAAUUCUUUUGAACGUUGUGCACUUUCAGGUCCACAAAAACAUAUAACAAAGGAGUCUGACGGGUUUCAUAACCAUUCCACUCAAUUAACUAUGUUUUGAUUUAGGUAUUCUUUUUUAGUAUUUGACUUAUGACUCAAUUACACUUGACUUUCUGGAUACAGUGGUUGCCUCUAAAAAUGUACUGUGUAACUGCAGCUUUCUAGCAGACAAAAUAGCCAUUGGCUGGUAUCUUACUGUACAUGUUCAUGUUUUAGUUGACAGAUUUGUUACAUGUAAUUGAUCUGCUCUUGGUGUUGUAGGCAGUGGCCAGUUGACUGGCUGUUCAAGCCGGACAGGACUUGUAUAUGAUACAGUUAUGUUAAAACAUCAGUGUUCAUGCGGCAACACAAGCUCCCAUCCUGAGCAUCCUGGCAGAUUACAGAGUAUCUGGGCACGGCUUCAAGAGACAGGGGUAGCCAACCUCUGUGAGGUAGGUGAUUUCAAUCAGUAAAUUCUUGUGAGUGUUAGCUGUCAGUUGACAACUUUCUAGGGGAAGAUACCAGAAAAAAAUUUAGGAGUCUUACCUGGGCUCAUUUAAGCCAACUACAGUACAAACACUUUUAAUCCCGAUCUGAUCCAGUCUGAUGAUUGCUUAGUGUGUGAAACUCGUAGUGACAACUUAAUUUUCACCCUUUGCAUUUGUACUAACACUUUUAAAUGCUUUUGUUUAAGAGAGCUUACAAUGAAUGCUUGUUCUAUUUUAAAGCGUGUCCGACCUCGAAAAGCAACAUUAGCUGAAAUUCUUACAGUUCAUAGGUAAGAAUUAAAGAAGCUGCUUUUUUGCUUUCUUGACUUUUCCUUUAAUUUUACAACAGUGAAUGAAAAGUUGAUCAUAUUCAAGGAUAAAUUCACAAUCUGACAUCCUGUUUUUGUUUGCAGUGAACAGCAUACAAUGCUGUUUGGCGGCAGCACACAAUGUAGAACUAAGAAUCAAGAUGGUGAGUGGAAUAUUUUGUGACUUGUAGUAAUAAAAUGGAAAAAUGAGAAUACAAAACUGCAAAAUGGAUUGGAAUAAUGAUCAUGUGAAAAUCAUAUUAGAACUAUGGGACAAAGAUGUAAGGGCGAAUUUAUAGACACAACUUUUCCAGUUGCAAAAAGAGAGCCUGAAAAAAUUCAGGCUUGUAUGGGAUUCAAACCCUUUACCUUUUCUGUUAAAGGUGGAGUGCUCUACCAAUUGAGGUAACAGCCAACUAGAAGCUGGUCAUUUAGCUGGUGUUGGUAUCACAGAGGUCUUUGGUUUGAAUCAGAUACUAGCCUGAAUAUUUUCAGGAUGUUUUUUGCAACUGCAAAAGUUGCAUCUGUAUAACUGGGAUGAUCUUGUGGUUUGUAAGCUCCUUGGAGAGUGUCUCUCAUUGUUUGAAGGUCAGUUUGUACAUCUUGGGAAUGCACGGUCGUAAUUCAGAGAAUUCUUGCGAUACAGGCCCUUAAAUGUUACUUUUCCAGGAAAUUGAGGAUAAGCUUGUAUUUAUCUUUUUUAACCUUUACAGGUACAACCACUCUGCUUAAAUGUUUUAAUGACCUUCCAUGUGGAGGAGUAGGGGUAAGUCUGGAGAAUUAUCUUGCAUUAAAUAAACAAAAGAAAUAGCUAAAUAAAAUGAUAGUAGGUAGCACAUCCAGUGCUAGUGGCUCUUUGUCUUCCUUACCUGGCCCUGGUUCAAACGUUGGAUAGCUCUAGCCACCAAAUAAAUCAUUAUCCAGUGGAUAAGUAUUAGGGAAACCAAUUGCGUUAUCCAAUGGAUAGAUUUUUUAGAUUUUUAUCCUGGAUAGUGCUUAUAUCCAAUGUUUGAACAACCGGUGCCUGGUCAAACUGGAAUUGGAAAUGUUGGAGGAGGAAAGGUGAAAAUCAGAGUACUUGUAGAAAAACCUCUCAGAGCAAGAAGAGAACCAAAAAACAAACUCAACCGACAUAAUUGUGGUGUUGAUGCCGGGAUUUGAACCUUGGCUACAUUGGUGGUAGGUGAUUGCCCUCACCAAACUGUACCAUCCUUGCCGAUCCCUCAUUAAUACCUGUGUUAAGCAAACAACGUUGCUGGUGUUUCGUUUUUUGGAAGUAGACAUGAGGUUUGAGAAGCGAGUAUCUGACUGUACAUACAUGGUUUGAAAGUGCCCUUUUUUAAACUACUUCAAGGAAAGAAGUUGCUGACUUCUGAGUGAAUGGCUUACACUUACACAUCAGUGCUUUUUGAAAGCAAAAAAAGUUCUGAACUCAAUUUGGAACCUCAAGGCACUGGCGAGUGGUUUCACUGCAAAGUUUUGAAAAUUUUAAUGUUAUUUCUGUGGGCUACAAAUCUCAACUUAUGAUGGUGUAAACUAUGGAUAAUUGUUGUCUCUAUUUUGUUACAAAAACAGUUUGUAUUAUGUCCAUUUCUUGCUUGCGAGAGACAGAGACGUACAUAUUGUUCCAACAUUUCAUCAUUUCAUUGCUGUAUACUCUCACAGACCACACCCAAUAACCAAUCGGAAUGCAGGAAACCUUUCAGUUCAUUUGACCAAUCAUUAUGAUUAAAUGUAAGUCAGGUUUCUAUGAACCGUAUUGCUUAUUAAUUCUUUUUAUUUGUUGUUAGGUGGAUGGAGACACGAUAUGGAAUGAAAUGCAUAGUGCAAAUGCCGCUAGAAUGGUGAGAAAUAAUUGAAAAAUAUAUUUGUAUUUGUCAUGUUUAUGAAUUGUUAUUCAGCAUUGAUUGCUGGUUCAGUUAUUUGGACAAAAUUUAGGGUUCAAAUCCUAUUGAAGUCCUGAAUUUUUUUUCAGGCUUCUUACGCAAUUGCAUAAAUUGUGUUCACAACUGCGUGGAUCAUUCUUCAUAUAAUUUUUGUUAAAUGUUUUUUCCUUGUUUUUGUUCAUUGAAAGGCUGUUGGUUGUGUAGUGGAAUUAGCCUUUAAGGUUGCAUCUGGAGAACUUAAGGUGAGAAAAACGUUAUUUUUGUUGUGAUGUUCACCUUAGAAUCUUAGACUAGAAAUAGUGGAGAGUUUGAAAGAGAGAAGCAGUUUCAUUCUCUCUAUAAUUCAUGCAUUUUAAAUUUUCAUAAAGCAAAUAAAAUUUGCAAUUUACAUGUAAGGGCCACAUUUUGAGACAAAAUAAUGAUAAAAGACAAAAUGAAAUAAUGAACUAAAAGUUUUCAAAAUCCUCCCCAUUAAUGGCCACAUCCAUUUUGAAAUCGCAGAAUUUAGAUUUUAUUGAUCGAUGGGUUAAAAAGCCGAGAAAAAAAGGCUUUUACAUCUCAUUUUAAAACAAAUUAAAAAAUGAUGCCAAAAAUUAAAAACAGAAAUAAUUUUAUGAAUGACAAUUUGGAACAUCAGGAGAAAAGGUUUCACAAGAGAAUCAGAUUAAAAUGAAAGUGGAUGUACUAAAAGGACUCAAAAGUGACCAACAGUUAUUUUCUUGUAAUAAUAUCAAUACAUCAGGAGAAAAGGUUUCAAGAAUUAAAAUGAUCACUAAAAGGGAAAUGCAUUGAUCUUCUAUGAAAUUUUCUUAAGGAAUUCUUUAAGGAAAUGUAUGAAGAUCAGUCUGGAGAAUGUUUGUGUAGAUAUUGGGGCUUAAAGGGUUAAAGUGGAACCAUGGAGCUGGUCCCUGCAGUCUUUGACUACCUGUAGGGUGUACAUGUGUACACUCUCUCAAUAUUAGAGAGUUUUAGUUUCUGAGACAAGGAUGAGUACGAGUGGGAGAUUUUCUCAGUGCUAAGUAGUGCUCACACAUGAACCAAGAACACUUUGCUGGGAAAACGUGAUAGCUGUCGUCAUUCUACCACAAUUUUUAGCUAGAAUGCUGUAGUCGUAGGAAGAAGUUAUCAAAUUUUAGAAGUUUUUAUCAUUUUGCAACUGGGAAAGGGCUAAUUACCCUUCUCCAAUAAACAUAACCCCACUAAUUUUUCAGGUGAAAAAUAGUACAACGAAGUUUUCCUGGUUGAAUAUUUUUUGACAACUAUGAAUAUGCAAAAAAACUUUGAGUUAAAUCUCGUACUUGUAGUUGUCCUUGUCCUCAAAUCUAAAGCUUCCUACUGUUACUUAGUGCAAGCCCCAAUGGUUCUUGUUUUGACAAGAGUUGGCAGGAGGCUUGGAGUCAGAGGUAAUUGGCACAGUUGGUUGGUGUGCAACCUCCUGUGCUAGAGGUCCCGAGUUCAUUUCCCUGGUGACAUGACCACAAAUCCCUGUUUCAAAUUCUUUCCUUUCCAUGUUGCUUUAAAUAAUGUUAAAAGGGAGCACUGAUGGAGAGAGAGAUAAUGGGGUAAAAUGAGUGCACCAUCAGCGUCAGGUUUGUUAGUCAGCUGAUGACUAUUACAAACUACCAACAUAAAAUUGGGACUGCUUAUCUUUAUCCUUUAUUCAUCUGCCAUGAUGAACCUUUCUCUAACAAACUUUUAAAUUUUUUAAAGACAGGACUGUUUUGAAAGGUUUCUUUUUUUGUUUUGUAGAAUGGUUUAGCAUUAGUCAGACCACCAGGUCAUCAUGCAGAAGCUCAUCAGGCAAUGUAAGUUUUUUUUCCAUGAUGAGUUAAUGGCAGAAGUACCAAAGAAGGAUGCAGUAAGAAAUUGUUCAAUGAUAAAAAAUCUUUGUGGCCCACUAGAAACGUAGGAGGGCCACUGGCAUAUUUGCGUAAGAAGAACUCUGUUUACUUUUGAUUUGAUUCAGCUCCAAAAUGCUGUAACUUGCAAUCAUGCCCUCAACUCACAUCCCUUUUCCUGUCAGGAAUUGUUUUUUCUUUGAAAGCAUGCCCAUGAAUGUUUUUAAGACCAGUGGGUCCUCAACCACUCCCAUCUACUGAGACUGAAAUAUUUCCUUGUGUUUCAGGGGCUUUUGCUACUUUAAUAGUAUAGCAAUUGCAGCAAGACUGCUAAGGCUAAAAUCAUCAGUUGAAAAAGUCCUCAUUGUAGACUGGGUGAGUAGUCUUACAUGUGUGUGCGCAUGUAACAAAUUUUAUUUUAAUGUAUUUAAUUGAUGUGUGUUUUUAGUUCAUUAUUUAAUGCAUUAUAUUUUCUUUAGACUGUUCUCUCACUCAUAAGCCUUGUCAAUAACGAUUACUGUGCUCACUUUGUCGGUGGCACCUCCAAAAAUGUUCUACCAUUGGCGUAGGGUUUAAUGGAGACGAAACCAAUUGUGGAAUUGCACACAUUUUAGGCAUCCUUCUGAUGAACAGUUAACACAUAUAGAUAUUUCAAGCAAGAACAAUUUGCUGGCUGUCCCCUUUGAAUGUCCUACAGUAGCCUGACACCAUCUUUUGUAAACUAAUGGUGGUAGCGUAGCAGUAUGGUGAAGCAGCAAGAGUACUGGAAUUAUUGUAAUCUUGCGGCCCUGAGUUCAAUCCCCACCCUAACCGCCAGCUCGAUUUGUUCAACUCCUUAAUCUUGCUUGUAAAUAUCCAACUGGUUUGCCUUGAGCUGUUUGGGAUUCUUAACCUUGUUAUAUUUGUUUUCAAAUAUUUGUUUCUGUUGUUGUUUGUGGGCCACAAUGAAAGCUACUGGUUUACCAUCAAUAUUUUUGUGCUAUCCCUACAACGGUCAUUUUUUUAUUGUUUGUGAAACAUCAGCAUUUGAAUUUCUUUUUCAUGACCAAUUUAUAUUAAAUAGUUGAACUACCUUUUAUGGUCAAAUUUUGUUUUUAGAAUUGUCUUGUACAAGUGAUUAGGAAGAUUGAUCUUUUUUUUAGGACAUUCACCAUGGAAAUGGCACUCAACAGAUGUUCUAUGAUGAUCCUCAUGUAAUGUAUAUAUCAAUUCACCGUCAUGAUGAUGGGACAUUUUUCCCUGGCACAGGAAAGUCAGAAGAGGUAUUUCAAAGAUUGCUUUUGCUUUUGGAAAAAUUGUAAAUGCAAUUCUCUAUUUCCUUUUUGUUUGAUUGAGUUUUGUUAUGAGCAAGAUGUAAAAUCACUACCAUACAGUGAGCCUCUGACAAUGGUGUAGUCUGCUACACAGCUGUUUUGUGUCAUCACGCAACGUUAGCGGGGAGGAGAGUGUUGCGUGACGACACUAAAAACGGCUGUGUAGCAGACCAACAAUGGUGUAACCCUUUUAGUAUAUAGAAGUUGUGUGUUACGUAUGCACCUAGCCAAUGGCCUUGCUUCUCUCCUUAGCUGAAUGGAUAGGGUGUCUUAGACACAGAAAUUUUCCUUUCUUCCCUGCUGGUGACCUGUCUCUUGCUCUUCUGAGCUGGAAAUUGUCAUUUUUCUUAUUUAGCCAUAUUUUACCCUAAGUAGUAUUUUUCUUGUCUUUUUUUCAGUGUGGUGCAGGAAUUGGUGUGGGCUACAAUGUUAACAUUGCAUUUAUGGGAGGAUUAGGUGAGAUGUGUUACCACUGUUUCCAAAUCAGACUAUGGGUAUCACCUUUUUCCUCAGGGCAUUGUGCCGUGAGCAAAAUAUACAAGGGCACAUGUAAAAUACCACGGGGGGAGGAGAGGGUGGAUAUGUAGUUUGCUCACACUGCUACCCCUGAGGAAAGUAAGGGACGAAGUUACUCCAUUCUUACUAAGACAGUAAUAACGUUGAGUUAGAAUGAUCCUUCAGUUGACCACUUGUGUAUUGUCUAAGUUAAAGCAUUAACACAGAAUAUCACAGUUUGUUUGUUAUCUACUGAGAUGCUUCCAAUAUGCACAAUGUGGUGGUUCAGUUUUACCUUUGGUCAAGGUUUUAGUUUCCUUUGUUUGAUCUCAUUGUCAUACAUUUCCAUACCCUCCCCCAAAAAGGUAAAUACAGUUUGAACUAAAGAUUACAUUGAACCACAGCACAUACGUUGCUCAUGUUCAUUGAUGCUAGGUUUGAUGUUUUCUCAUUAACCCUUUCACUGCCAGAGUGUUUGAUAGAGUUUUGUGAGGUAACUCUAACUUUUGAGUUUGUGGACGAAAUCCUAUGAUGUGACCAUUCACAUGCAAGCCCUCUUCCUGUACUUUCACAUGAUUCUAUUUGUUUGUCAAAAUUUUAGAAAAUGAAAUUUGGAAAUUUGGUCGAAAUUUGCCUUUGGCCACAUUUGGCAGUGAAAGGAUUAACAGCUCUAGCAAUGACUUUGACAUUUUUUUCUCUUCUUAGAUCCUGUAUAUGGAGACCCAGAGUACUUUGCAGCUUUCCGUUCAAUAGUGAUUCCAAUAGCUAAAGAAUUUCAACCAGACAUUGUGCUGGUGUCUGCAGGAUUUGAUGCCGCAGCUGGACACUCUCCUGCCCUGGGCGGCUACAGAGUAACAGCAGCAUGUGAGUGUGUACUCUUUGUACAUGAAAGUGUGCAGCUCUCUGCUCUGGGAUAAGUUAAUACUUUGCAGCAGAUCACAAGUAGUCUCUCAAUCCCUUUUUUUCUGGGCUGGCAUCUCACAUGUUUCUCGAAAAAAUCUUGAAUUCCUGCUUAUCAUUUGGACAAGCAGCUCUAACAUUUUGCUUGCCCAGGGCAUGUCGUAGGCGAUUAUUUAAAUACAAUAAUUAUGUCUUGCUUAGACCUGUGCCCAUUAGCAAGUUAGCUUACAAAGUUACUUGUGUAGCAAGAAAUCUACUUGUCCCAGACGACAGGACGGGAGUGUUCACAGGUUAUGUUCUUGUUUGUUUUGUGUUUAGGUUACGCACAGCUGACCAAGCAGCUGAUGGACUUGGCUGAUGGAAAUGUAGUCAUGGCUCUAGAAGGUGGCUAUAGCUUGCCAUCCCUGUGCGAUGCUGCAGAGGCCUGUGUCAAAGCACUGUUAGGAGAAAAGGUAAAAAUGCUCUAACAGUCAAUAGUGACCCAUAUAAAAUGAUUAGUUGUCUAACACAAUUCCAUAUUCCAUAAUAUGAAAUAUGGACAGUCAAUAAAGGGGGAAAAAAGGUUGUGUGGAAUAAGGCCCCCGAGGGACUAGCACAUACAAGGCAAUUAAUUAUUAUUUUGUAAGGAGAAUCUAGAAGUGUAUUAGAACACUGUUCAGAAGUCAGUAAAGGGCAUUUCUCCAGACACCCCUACCAAUUUGCUGCCCAACAGGUUUCGUUAGGGUGGUUAUGAGACUUUGUUUACCGAGUACGAACUACUCCAUGUUUCUGGAGCAAUUUGCCAGGAAUGAUUAACUUGUGUUUUGCAGUUACUUUAUCAUUGUGUCUGUUUUUAAUCUGAACUGAGGCUCAUGUCUUGGUAUCUUAAUCUGCAUACUCUGUAAUUAUAUUCCUGUCUUAUUUGUUUGUGGCUAUGGCUGCAAACUAGGAUACCAUGUAAUCAAGUAACUUACUUGAGUGCUAUUUUGGUCCUCCGUAUCUACGGCUACAGAUGCAGAUACUUCACCCAUACCUAUACCCAGACCAGAAAAUGUUGUUACACAAUCUUAGGCUAUACUCACACUAAAAAGCUCUCCGGUUUAGUGGGAACACCUAUCCGAUAUGUGACUGUUCACUUAACGAGAUCGGCGUGGUACAGCUUCGCUCCUUUACAGAAAUUGCGCUGAAAUCACCGUCUUUUGUGUGAACAGAAGCCGCAUGUGUGCGGGCUCAAAAGCUAUCCGGGAUAGUGGGAACAUAGCCUCCAUCCAAUUCUCCAUCACAACACAUUCUUUGUUUUUGGCAGAUACCAGAGCUACCCAAAGAGAGCAUCAAGCGUGCCCCUAACCCUAAUGCAGUGGCUAUCCUUGAGAAAACUAUAUCCAUUCAAGGUAAUUCUAUGUGUAAAAAGUCAUUGAGGUUGCAACAUUUUCCUCUUGCCCAAGUGUGAAAGUAAUUCGCAUGGUACUUGCAGAACACUUCCCACUUAUAUUAUGGAGAUGUAUUGUAUAUUUUUCGCCUGGAAUGUUAGCUUUCUUGACAUUGCUUACAGUCGGCAAAGUUGAAAUAUUAGAGUGGAGCAAAUGGAUAAUUACUUCUAACGCAUGUUUGUUUAACACUGGCUAAAUUUUGUCUUCAGCAACUGGGACAAUCAGUAUACUUACUAAUUGGCUGGCUCCACAAAAGCAAAAAAAAUCGUUGCUAUUUUUUUAUUGACUUUUUCUUGUGCAGUUCGUUCCUGUAAGAAAACGUUUUUUUGUGGGAGUUUUAGCCUGUUCCAGACGCUCAGAUAGUAGAGCGCGGGGUUCAGAUGUUGGGAAGCGAGUUAAAUGAGGAAAACGAGGAAAAACAGCGGGGGGAGAAUGGGGAACGCCAAGAGAGAAUGAGGUAGUAGACUUUGCGGGUCACGGAAACAGCAGAGAAAAAUGACAUUCGUAGCACACGCGCGAACUUUAAAUAGAUUUCAAAUAAUUAUCAUAUGGGAUAGGGAUUCGCUCUCUGACCUCAUUCUCUCUUGGGAACGCUUGGAACAGGCUAUUGGAGUGUUUAUGGACUUUGACUUCGUGUUGCUUCAUAAAAACGCUGAACAAAAAGUUGGCAAUAUUUAGCCAUAUUGAUCUUUGGUCAAUAACACGUUAUUGUGUACGUGUAACAUGAAUGAAUAUGAGUUUCUGAUUUUAAUUGUUCACUAAUAGGUAGGUACUGGAACAGUGUAAAGCGUGAAGCAACACAGAUUUGUCAAUCAUUAGUACAAGCACAACAGCGAGAAAAAGAGGAAGCAGACACCGUCACAGCGCUAGCCUCACUUUCCAUGGGGGUGGUACAGGAGGCAAACAAGUAA